AUGAUCGAAGUUGUCGACUUGUUGCUGUCUGCCGCCUUUCCCAGCGUGGAACUGUUCUUUUCCUUCCUCAUUCCAUUGCUGCCUGCCUCUACACCUGUUACGACCUCAUGCGACCCGACGUUGUUCUCGAGCAAUCGUGGGGAAACAGAAUCCAGGACUUUGCCAUGCCUUACUUUAUCUAGACUCUUCGUGAAACGAUCCUCCGAAUCGAAACACUGGAAAAUGUAG